ACUUUUGAGACUCCCUCCACAUCGUCUCCAUUCGACCCCUCAUCGUAUUCAUUGUUGCUGGCGAUGGCGAUGGCUGGUGUCAGCUCCACGCCAUCAUACACUGUCCAGGAAGCUACAAGACAGUCUACGCAAGCCUGGCGGAAUGAUCUAACUAACCUCUUUCAGCAGGCAAAGGAUCGAUUCGCAGAUGUCGUCUGGGAACUCCAGUCCGACGAUAAUGACGACGAUCACGAUGAAGUUUGGGGCCACAAAGCUAUCGUGUAUGCACGCGCCCCGCCUUCCUUCCAGCAGCGCUACUUUCAAUCCCGCCCCCCUCCCAUUGCUUCCCCGACCCCCUACUCUACGAGUCCCUCUCCAGCGCCAGCACAGUCUGCCAUGUCCUUGAGUCUCACCCUGGACUACGCUCAGACAUCCCGUUCUCCAUCUCCGUACCGUUCAUCAUCCCCUUCACCCUCUACCAACCUAAAUGCCGUCAUGCGCAUACCAGCCAUUAGCAGCACAACACUCUUUUCGAAUGAGCUGGAAUAUCUGUACACAGGCGAGGGACUUGGCGAAGCAUUUGAAUUUCUCUUUGAUACCUCCGAGUCGCGCGAGCUUGUCGACGCAGAGGAGAACCGCACCGACAAGCUGCGCAAAGACCUCGUGUUCAUGUGGCGAUCUCGUCUCUAUUCUGACGUGCGCAUCGCCCUAUCUGGCACAUUUUCCUCGACAAAUCACGAGCCAGCAACCGCUAUUUUUUCUUCCCACCGCUUCAUUCUCGUGUCCCGCUCCCCCUACUUCCAUGCGCAGCUCCUGAACUGGGCCCAGCCGACAAAGCCUGGGGAACCAAUCACGGUCACGCUUCCUUCGCCUCCUUUUACCCCCGCCUCACUCCAUUUUACUCUGGGGUAUAUCUACACGGGAACCCUCGUGUUCUCCCACCGGACGUACGACCUGGAUACCGCGUUCGCGAUCCUCAAGUCGGCGACGUACCUAUCUUUGGACGGCUUGGUCGCUGAAGUCCAGGCCCGAAUCGUGUACGAGAUGAUUCAUGGGUUGUUCCAUGCAUCUCUCGAGUUCAACGAGUAUGAGCGCAUCACGGGGUCCAAGUGGGGUACUGGCGGGUGUCGGUGCCGACAGUGCGCCCGGCGAGCGCCACGCGUACUCGAAUUCGCACUUGCAGACGAUGUCAAGAAUACUUAUUUGGAACGAGGCGCACGACGGGCACUUGUAGGCCUUUUCGGGGAAGGCUGGUGCAUCUCUGAGUUCGCAUCGCUUCCGCAGAAGAUUCGAGAAAAUCUGCUAAAGGGUCUGGCAAAGCGGACAACGCCGCUGAACAUAUUUCCCCUAUUGUUCGCCGCGCAACACGCGAUAAAGAAGCUUGACUCUGUCAUUGACGCCUGGGCAGACACAUCACGGGAUAUGGUGUUACAGGCGCGGAAGGCAAUCGAUGAAUGCCUUGUAAGCCAGAGCGCUGAGUGCUUCGAACAGGAUGAUUGGCUACAGGUCUUGGAAGGAGAUGGGGUGAGGUUUGAGGAUGGCGAGAGGGUUGUCUGGGUGAUGGAAGCGAUUAAACGCGGAAUGAUUGAGAAACACGCUGGAACUAUGUAUCAGAGCCUUGUGAAUAUCCUCCUGCGACCACACCCAACAGAUGAAGACGCCGCGAUGCUCUCUGCCACGUCGCACAUCCGCGUGCAAGUUGAGGACGCACGUGCAGAUCUCAUCCGGUACAUUCGAAAGCGUUGGAUGGGCACGCGUCAGCAGGGCGGUUUUGAUGGCCUCGAGGGCUGGGCUAUUAAAGAGAUCUCUCAAGAACUGGAAGUCUCUGUUGAAGACCUCAUAUCGCCUGCUCAGCCUUCGAACCUCCGACGCACUGCCUUCCGCAAAUCUUCUACAGCUGGAGAUGCGGACUCUGACACACUCAGCGUGCACUCGCUACGCGCGUCUGUGCUUAGCCGUAAUAUCAACAGCCCUCACAAACAUGCCCGUGAGGCUACAACCGCAUCGUCCGCGGCAAGCGUGCGCACCAUUGGGCGUUCGUCUCCACGCAUUCCUACGACUCCCAAGUCCAACGAUGUACGCCCUGACUCUAAGCUCACGCCCGAGUCGCAGAGCAUCACAUCUGUACGAUCAAGUGCGACAGAGAAGGCUAUGCAACGCAGGGCACCCUCGCCUCGCACGGGCAAUAUUAGUCCUACGCCAAAAGGCACGAAGCCCGCGCUGAGCAAACUCAUCACUUCUUCGCCCGCUCCAAAGCCAAAAUCCAUUGCACCCUCAGUGCGUUCACGUGUUUCCAGUGUCCGUUCCUCCGCAAGAGAGUCCACGCUACGUAUUCCGUCUGCUUCCCGUCCGAAUUCGAGUUUGUCGAGUGCGACAAGUGACGCUACGUUUAGGACAGCUCCCUCUGAAGCAAUCACGCCUCGCUCGAGGAAGGUGUCUGGAGGAUCCACUGUUUCAAAUGUGAGCGUGAGGACUGUGGGGACGAGCAAGGGCACUCCUGUGAGAGAAAGAUUGUCAUCUGGAGUAUCUACUGCAUCCACUUCAACGACAACGACUGCGGUUGCCACACGAACAUCUGUCCGCCGCGGAGCAGCUGAAUUCACCAAGUUAACCCCCUCCAAACGUACACCCGCCAAAACCACCACCUCCUCACAAAGGAAGCCGCUCAGCAGAGUCAUCGAGAAUCAUUCUCAAAAAUCGCCCCGCAUUACGCUUAGCGACCUCGACAAGGGCAAGGAUCGUGAGACGAUCAGUCUCAAUGAUGAUGAUACCAGCUCUCCGACGCAGGAUGGGGCCUCUCCUGGAGCGGACUCUCCUCCCGCGCUCACCCGCCGUGGGUCAUCAGACACUAUCACCACAAGUAUACGGACUCCCGAACAAUCGACUGCCUCCCCGGUGGAGGCGAACGUUUUGGCUCAGCUUCGCGGCGCGACGCUCGAUGUUGGCAUUCCGUGCAUAGUGUCAUCGAAGCGCAAGCGCUUCAAGGCAUUUGCACGGUACAUUGGCGAAGUCGAGGGCGAACUUGGGCCUUGGGUUGGCAUUGAGGUACCACUGGAGGCCUGGGUUGGUGACCCCUCAGACGGUCGUCAGUGGAACGAUGGGUCAUGGGGCGGCAUUCGUUAUUUCGAUAUCGGGAGUAGUGGCUCGGAGUGGGAGUUUGGCGCAGACGACUAUCAGACACAGAGACGGCGGAAGAUGGACUGGAUGAACGGGUCAGGAAGAGAUAAUCGCGGACUUAAACGAGAAGGAGACCAGCUGACCGUAGGAACGGAUCGCGCGAAGCGGAUGCGAAGUUCGUCACCUGCAGCAUCGGACUUGUCGACAUCAGAGUCCAGGGGACUGUUUGUCCGGCCACAACAAGUCCUGUAUGUCGUGGAUGCUGUCGGGGCUGAUCUUUGAUAAAAGAUGGAUUGGGGGACAGUUGGUUUUCUUAUUCUCUUCUCGUGAUACCACUGUGAUUUGCUUUCAAGUCGUCAUGUUUUGAUUUUGCACUUCAACAUACACACGGUCUUUGCAUUGGUAUACCAGACAAUCACGCUCUCGCGCUUCCCUUCCUCCUUUGCAUACAUUACUGAUAACAAUACACUAACUUUUUACCAGAUUAUUGAUUCUAGAGUGUGGAAGAUUGGCUAGGUAUACGCGUGUACACUCGUGCUGAAAUUGUCAAGGAUUCUACCUAGACUCUGUUCCCAGACCGCCUGGUUGGUGGGAUUUUGCAUCAUCUCUUGAACGCUGAGCGCCGAUUCUCGAUCGUUACUACUGCCGUGCCACUACAUAUCCUACAGUAUAUAUAGUUAGUGUCCUGUUUCCUUGAUAUAAAAGAUGUCGUUGUAACCCUGGGUUUCUUGAAGUUGGUCUAUACUUGGUCCCCUGACC